GAGUACUUUCACUACAUUUUCUGUAUGAGCAGGAAUGUCAACAAAUUGACAUGCAGUAUUUGCUAGCAUUUGCAUGUACCGUUAACAUGAACAGUUUACUAAACAUCAAGAUUGUUGACUCAUUUAGCUGUUGAUGUUGCAAAAUAGCAGAACUCAGAAGGGCCAGGGCGUUUGUCAGCCUACUCAUAUGACAUUUUCUCUGUCAUAGAAAUUGUAUUGUAUAUUUUGUUGGUUUCGUCAGAUAGUAGUGUUUCACUCAUCCAUAAAGAUGGAGGAUCAAUCUGAAGAGACCCAGUUUGUGGUAGAUGAAGUGAGCAACGUAAUCAAAGAAGCAGUAGAGAGCACCAUUGGUGGCAAUACAUACCAGCAGGCAAAAGUCAACCAGUGGGCAUCCAGUGUCGUGGAAUCCUGCCUUGGUGCCUUGACAAAGCUUCAGAAACCCUUCAAAUAUAUUGUGACCAGCGUUAUCAUGCAGAAGACUGGCGCCGGCCUGCAUACGGCCAGCUCCUGCUACUGGGAUAACAGCACCGACGGCAGCUGCACCGUCCGCUGGGAGAACAAGACCAUGUACUGCAUCGUGUCCGUGUUCGGAUUGGCCAUCUGAGCGGCGGCGACACCGCCGACCUCUGCCCCCCAGUCCAGUGCACGUUUGGACUACGCUUGCUCGCCUUCUUUCGUUAGCUCGCUAGUAACCCAGGCCACGGUGAGGCAUUCCAUGGGACUAACGGGUUGCUAGGUUUUACAAAGUGUUCUUAUCUAGUCGGGAGACCGCUGCUGCCGACUUGUCGUUAGGUUGUGUUUCCACAUGUCCAUGUAAAUACAUAGUUUAACUUAAA